GCAGUGCGGUCAGGCAGGUCAGCCCCGAAAGGCCUGCUGCUCUGGAGCACGAACAGGCAGGACCUCGGCUCAGGGUUCCGGCCUUGCUUCUCUCCUGCUUCUCAUGGCCUCCUCCAAACCGCCUGUGCACAGACUCGUCGGGAGGGUCAGCUUACACGGCCAGGCCCACCAAGGGCGAGGAUGAUGGGCGCAGGGGACAGUCCUAGAGCUGGGGUAGGGUCACGCACCCCACCCCUCAGAAGCUGAGGGCAUCCACAGCUUGGACUCUGGGGAGGUGGAGAAGCCGACGAGGCGAUGAGAGGCUACAGUGCACAGAAUACCUCCCGGAACGGAAAGGUAUCCCCAGAUCGGUGCUCAGAGGCAGGCCCGAGCUCACCACCUGGGCAGGUGCCACAGCGCUCUGCCAAGUCAGCAGUGCGCCUUGCAGUGCCAUGGAGCCGCGCAGGUGAACUCCGUCUGCAGCUCACCUUCGUGUGCAUGGAGAGUAGAUGUGUCCACGCGGACCCAUCGCGGAAAGGCACGUGCGGCAGUAUCAUCAUGGAAUCUGGGCAGUCCAGCCACAGCAUGGCAGCUGCUCUCCUAAGGAAAGUGGUUUCCUCCGCGGGCCCCCUGCUCCGUCUGUGCGGUCGCCCCCUCUCCUCGCUCUCGCUGGGGCCCCUGCGCGCCGCACCUGCGGCCCCGCUCCUGUCCGCCCGCCUCGUGCUGGGCCUGCAGCCCGCUCUGGGCUUCAAGACCAAGGGCGUCCUCAAGAAGCGCUGCAGGGACUGCUACCUGGUGAAGAGGCGCGGGCGCUGGUUCGUCUACUGCAAGACCAACCCGAAGCACAAGCAGAGACGGAUGUAGGCCCCCGGACUGCCAAGCCCCGUGCAGAGUCGUGCCCCUGCCUUAGGAGGUGGUGUCGCCUCAUGGAAAGGAAAAGUGUAAACCUCCUGUGGACUCAGAUCUGCUGGCCUGCCGCUGGCACCUCACCUCUUGCAGCCCCAGGGCCAGUCAGGCCAGAGCCCCACCUGGGGGGGCGCGCCUUUUGCCUCCUGUAGGAGCUGUGUUUGCUGGGGUAGAGGGCAUAACAGGAUGGAGAGAAACCUGGCCUGAUCCCGCCGCGUCAGAGCAGGCUCCGCACAGAGACCUUCCUCGUGGUGCUUUCAGUCCUGUCUCUGCGUUCAGCCACACCGCUGCUUCCCCGGGAUUCGAACGCUAUUCCCAACAAUUGUCCCAAGGCCCUUAGAAAUCUUUAAGUCACGGGAAGUUUAACUUGUUUAUACAUACAUAAAGGUAUUUUGGGUAUCAGUUAAA